AUGUCACACACUUCAUGGUACAGUGUACAUCAUAGUAAUUCUCAGUUGUAAAUUUUCCUCUCUUUAUUUCUGUUUAUUAAUAAUCGUGUAAAUAUACGUGAUAAAUAUAGUUAAGUAAAUAUUUCUUAUGAACACAUUACGCGUGUUGUACGAAACAUUUUGAAAUUUCAUGAGCACCGCUAUAAGACUUGAUAGAUAUCACAAUUACAUAGAUGAAUUAAAAAUAUUUAAACAGUCAAUUAUCUAUUAUAUUAAUUAAUCGCAAUAUUCAGCGACGAUUUUAACCUUCAUUGUUAAAUGCUAGGCUUAUCUAUUUAUCUAUUCAUAAUCAAAGGUUUAUCAUCUAAAAAAGGUUAGACGAUGAAAAUAACAAGUGACAUUUGUUUCUAAUCAUGUUAAAACGUCGGUAUUAACAAUACCAAUUAGUGACAAUUAUUUACGAUUUCUUUUCAUCACUCGAUGAAACGUUUCACAGUGUUUCUUACUAUGUGCACAGAAUUAUAAAUUAAUUUCUGCUUGUAUUUCAUGAAAGUUAUGCUAUGAUAUUAGAAUCCGUUUUCUCGUGCACGAAUUUGAUUUUGGCAUGCGGCUCGUCCAUUCAUAUUCUGAUAAAACACUCUUACGCUCAAUACUCGAAAUUAUUGACACACGUUACGUUUGCCUGCGCCAGUAUCGCGAUCAUUGGCUCUCGAUCGUUCAUCGUUCUUACGUAUAAACUUUUCGUUAAAAAGUACACUUUCGAUCCAGUUGCGAUGCAGUUAGAGGAGGAGAGGAACAAAGAACGAUUCAAUAUUUUAGACGAGAUCUUCAGAACAUUAAGCAUGGCUGGGUUAAUUUAUUCCCUGUACUCUUCUCACGGAUAUUACGUGCUCGGUGUCUGCGUUGUAACUAGCUUAUCAAUUUUAGAUUUGUUCGAAUUGUACAGAAUGACGAAGAAGCAGCAGGAAAUGGAGAUAUCGCGUUCCUACGAUAACGUUAAUCAAACGAAAGCUACGUACGAAUCGAGGCUAAACAUUUUCAAUUGGGUGAUUCUUGGUGGAAGUUUCGCAUAUGCAGUAGGUAACAAUUACGCGGUAGUAGCAAAUUAUCCUUUGCUUCUGGCAAAUUGGGCAUUAUCUCCAGAAGGAUUUUAUCAAGGAUGGACCAUGCGGCGUACCGUUAAUGAUUACUUGAUGGCAACUUAUAUCAUGUGCAUGACGGAAGCCCUACGACAUUAAUGAUUACUUCAUGGCAACUUAUAUCAUGUGCUCUACGACAAAAUGGCACGUAAAGACGUUUCCUUUACGACACACACACAUUAGAAUUCCUUAAAAUGUCUCUACAUUAUAUAUAUAUAU